AUGUCCAGAUGUACAGGCGAUGAGCUAUACAAUGUUGUCAGCAGAGAAAGUUCUAGUAUCGAUGAAAAAACUAAACUGAUUGCUGAAUUUAAGGCUCACAUAAAACGUGAUUUCGUUGAUUUAAAUGAUCUUUCCAAAUAUUUCGGGGCUCUUAAGAUAGCUUCCAAGUCUGGAGAUGCCAGAUUAGCGUCAGUUGCAUUUUCUACAAUUUGUCAUCUAGUGAAAAGGGUGAGCAUGCAAGAUUCACAAAAAUUGAAAGAUACGUCUAAAAUUACGUUACCUAUAUUAUUCAAUAAAUUACUAGAUCAAACUUCAAGUCACAGAUCACAAGCUAAGAAUUGUCUUGAAACAUUUUGGCUGGCUUCCCCAGAUGUAGUUGAACAUUAUUUGAAAGAUUCUGCAUUAAUUCAUUCAAACCAACAUAUUAGAUCAGAAUCAAUUAUAUUUAUUUCAGACCUCAUAGACCUUAAUAAUAACUUCAGCUUUUCUCAGUUCCUACCCAGCUUGGUUAACCUUUUACGUGAUGAUUCUGCAGAAGUUUUCAAAAAUACAGAGGUGUUAUUUAUCAAGUACUUUAUAUUGAACAGAUCAAAAUUGAACUCACUAGUAAAAGAAUUUAAAACACAAAGUAUUGACAAGAGAACUGCAAUAAAGAUACUCAAAGAGAUUGAUAUAACAGUUGCUAAUUCAUAUUCAUUAGAACAACAGAACAAUUCAAGACCAACAAUCGAUUCUUUCAAUAAUCUGACAAAAUCAAGAUCUUCAAAGCUUAAUGAGAACCAAAGAAAAAUUAAAACUAAAAGCUUCAACUCAUCAGGUGAAUUAUCAUCUAUACUUGGUAAGAUUAAUACUACGAAGCUUGAUGAAAAUAUUCAAGCCAAGGUUUUCAAUUCACUUCAGGAACUACAUCGAGAAACAGAAGCACUUCUGAGUCCAUUUGCAGGCAAGGAAACAGAGUUCAAUUGGGGAUCAAGGGAGAAAAAUAUACUCAAAUUUAGAAGCAUAGUUAUUGGAAAUGCAGACUCAUUUCCGGAUGAUUUAGUUCAAGCUACAAGGUUAUUCACAGAAGGUAUUUCAAAAUCAAUAACAUCUCUUAGAACUACAUUAUCAUCUAAUGGUUGUCAAUUGGUAAAAGAAUUAGCUGCUUAUUUGAAUAGGAAUAUAGACCAUAUUGCUGAGAGUUUGUUUAUGCCUUUGGCUUCGUUAACCUCAGCUACCAAAAGAAUUGCAUCAAUGAACGCUUAUGGUGCUCUUUGUGUGCUUUUAACAAACACCAGUUUCAAUAAUAGGCUUUUCAACCAGUGUUUUAAUUUAUUUCAAGAUAAAAGUGUUCAACCUAGAUUAUAUUCAGCAACAUUUUUACAGAUCUUUAUAUUGAAACAUGGUACCAAACUUGAUGAACAAAAUUUUGAAACGCUGAAGAAAUGGCUAGGAAAGGGUGUUUCAGAUCCUAAUAUAACGGUUAGGGAGUCAAUGAGAUUAACUUUUUGGACUUUGCACAGAAGGUUCCCAGCUAUAAGUGAACAUAUCUUUACAAAACUGGAUUCCAGUAUAAAAAAGGCACUUGAAAGAUCAAAACCAAGUGAUGUUACAUUUUCAUUAUCGUCAAAUCCUAGCAGGGUACCAAGUAUAACAGGUGACAGAAAGAGACACUCUGUAAGAGAAUUUGUUGCUUCCAAACAACGUGAAAGAAGAUCUACGUCUGACACGUCUUCUUUAGCUUCGAAAUUCAAGGAUUCCAGUGAAAACCAUCAAGAAAACUUGGUCCAAACUGGCGAACUUGGGAGAGCUUCAAGACUCGGAGGGCCUCAGAGAAUACGUGUAUCAAGUGCUGGUAGCUCUCAUGGUGCUAAUUCAAAUCUUCUUCCAAGACAACUCUCGAAAGGAUCCAAAUCAAUGGCUGGACAUUCAAACAGUGACGAACAAUCGCUUGGUGUUUCGACCACUAGUACUAAACCUGAAGAUGAUGCUCAAUUGGAACACUUGAAGACUGCACUAAAGUCCCCACUUACCAGAGAGCGUGUGGAAGGAAUCCAGCUAUUGGAGGAGCUGCUUAAAUCUAACAAAAAAGUCGAAGGAUUAUCACCAAUUUUGAUUAAUUUGAUCAUUCUUGACAGUUCUUUAUUAAAACCUCUUCUAAAAGAAGCAAAUUUUUACGAUCUAUUAGAUAUAGAUAACAUUUUAAAGCUAUUAGCGGUCAACAAAGAAAAUUUGUCAAUAUUACAAAAAAAAUUUGAAGGGGUUCAAAUCACAAAUGGUCUAUGCUCUGUGAUCAACUCUUUGAUGUCAAUGAAUUUUGAUUCAGCUCCUGCUAAAAUGUUUCACAUCAAAUAUAAAAGAACUAUUUUGGAUUUUUCGGUACUGAACUUAUACAAUAUCAUGUCUCAAGAUGCAUUCAAGGAAAUAGAUGAAGUUAUGAACAACGUUUGUCGCUCGAUUAUACCACUAUCAAUUGAUGAUUAUCCAAGAUUUGAUGAAUUGAUCAACUUAUUAUUCGAACAUAACUCACUGUCAUUCGGUUCAAUUCUUGAAGAUUUUGCUGCUUACGAGAGAUCAAAAAUUCAUAGUAUAAUUGAUGAUUUUAAGGUUAAUAAAGAGGACAACCGUGAGGCUACAGAAUAUGCAUUUGGUGAAAUGACUAUGAUAAAUCCAUUGAACAGGAAGCCAAACGAUCCAACAACCUCGAUAAGACCUGGAUUCGGGACAGACAUGACAAUGAUCCUUCCUGGAUUCAAAAGCAAAAAUCCACAGAAAGAUAACCGUGAGUUUAAUGGUUUGGAACAUGGCCAGAGAAAGGUUGAUUAUAUGGGUGAUAUUUUCCACAGAUACAACAGUAAUAAUAGUACUAGGGAGAGUACAGUUGAACCAGAUGCUAAAGAAGAGUUCCAUGAUGAAGAUGUCGAAAUGGUACACAAUGAAGAACAAACAGAGGUAACUACAGAUAAAGCUAUAAAUAUCCAAUCUGUUGAUGGCCAAAAUAACGAAGAAGAACUCAAUCAUGAAGAAGACGAAGAUGGUGAUAUUGAUAUUAAGUCUGAAGCUCAUAUUGGUAGCCCCUUUUUAGAUGAUCCACACCAAGAUGACGCGCUGAAACUGAACUCUUUUGCUCAACAGAAUAUCAUGUCAGAUGAGAACUUACAACCAGAUAUUUAUAGUGACGAAAUCACAAAGAAUAUAACUAGUCAAAUAAAAGGAAUUCAUAUAUCACCCCAAAAACAGGCCAAUGUGCCAAUUGAUCAAUCAGCUUCCGAACUGUUUGCAAUCACUGAUCCUAUUUUCAAAAAGACACCAGCUAAAAUAAAGAUUUUUGAAGAUAAAGCCCCACAGACACAUCAAGACGUCAAACUUACUGAACUGGAAUUAUCUCGUUUUGAUUUUAGAAAAGAAAAACAUUCUAAUGGAGAUGAUGAAAAAUCAUUAUCUGAUUCGAUUGUUAAUUCCAUUGAAAAAUUUGAAAAUGACAACGUUUCUACACAGGAUAUGGACAGAUUGAUUCAAGAUCUUCACCUGUCACUCAACGAAGCCAAUGUAUUAUCAUGGUUUGAACAAGAUGGUUACAAGAGAUUAGUGGUUGCUAUUAUAUCAUAUUUCAACACAAGUAAAAACAUAACAAAAUCACUGUGUUUCAAAGGAUUAGUAAUUAUCAAAGAAAUUUUGGCUUUGAAUAGUAUGUUUAAAGCUUUGAAAGUGAAGGAUGCUCUUUCAAUCUGGAAUAUAUUGGUGAUGAUUGUGGAAAACUUGAAAGAUUUUAGAAAUGAAAUUUAUAUUGCUUCAGAUGAACUGGUUGAUGAAUUGAUAGAUCAAUCAAUCACAAACAUCAGAUCUUCAGUUAGAAAUAGUUGUCAUAAACUUUUGAAACAAGAAACAAUUGAAAAUAUCCCAUUAGCAUCGUUCCUUUUAACCACAGUUGUUAAAUGUAUGGAACAUGAAACAUUGUCUUUGGAGCAAAUUAAUGAAAUAGGUGAUGUUGUUCACAAAUAUUUGACUAAUGAAGAAGUUGAGAUUAGAAGAUUAUCAAUAAUUGUCUAUUCUAAAUGCAAGAACAAAUUACAAAUUAUAAAUCCAAAUCUAAAUCAACAAAAUGUUAAUGGUAAAUUGAAAGCUGAAAAUGAACAAAACAGUAAAAUCAAUACUAAUGAAAUGUUUGAUAAAUUGAGUGCUUCACAGAAGAAGUUGAUUGAUUAUUAUUCAAACAUAUAA